AUGAUUGAAAGGGGAGAUAUGAAAGCAUUGCAAGACGCGUUUGAGGACAAGAAAAAGGAGUCUAGACCAAAAGACGUGUCUUUACCUUGUGAAUCGAAUUCUGCUUUCAAGAAAAGAAAAUCUAGCUUUUCACCCAUUGAAAAAGCAUUUGGUGUUGCAGUCAGGGACCAAUUGGAUGAAGAAAUUGCCAUAAUGUUUUAUACUGGAGGUUUGGCUUUUAAUUUAGCAAGGAAUCCUCACUACCAUAGGUCUUAUCAGUUUGUUGCUGCCAACAAAAUUGAUGGAUAUGUGCCUCCGGGUUAUAAUAAGUUGAGGACGACGUUGUUACAGAAAGAGAGAAACCAUGUUGAGGGAUUAUUGGUACCGCUUAAGUCAACCUGGAGAGAAAAAGGGAUGAAAAUUGUGUCUGAUGGUUGGAGUGAUCCUACAAGAAAACCUUUGAUUAAUUUCAUUGGUAUUUCUGGAAGUGCUCCUCUAUUUCUCAAGGCUGUGGAUUGCUUUGGCGAAGUUAAAGAUAAGUUCUUCAUUUCUAAUUUAAUGAAAGAAGUUAUUAAUGAAGUGGGUCAUCAAAAAGUUGUGCAAAUCAUCACUGACAAUGCAGCAAAUUGUAAGGCGGCUGGAGAGAUUAUUGAAUGUUCUUAUCCUCACAUUUAUUGGACGCCUUGUGUUGUACAUACGUUGAAUCUUGCAUUGAAGAAUAUAUGUGCAGCAAGGAAUGUGGAAUCAAAUCUUGAGAGAUAUGAGGCGUGCAAUUGGAUAACACAUGUUCUUGCAAUAAAAAUUAUAUCAUGA